AUGGAUGGUGGAGUUCAUUUGCUUCCUGCCAAACAAAAAAAAAUUACUAAUUUUAAACAAUGUAUAAUUUGUCAAGAAAAGAACAAGCAUGAUUGUUUAAGAAAAGCACAAGUUCCAUCAAUUGAAAAGUUUAUAUUUGCUGCAAAUAUUCGCAAAGAUGAUUGUUUUGAUAGAUUGCAUACUGAUAUUGAUAAUCUUACUUCCAGAGCGAUUUUGUGGCAUUAUUCAUAUUACGCAUCCUACACUAGUGAAUGUAAUUUACAUAGCCUAUCAACCGGUCAAACAGGUUCUCCUCAAGUGAAUGAAGUAAGUGAAGUGAGUUUGAAAUCGCAACGAAACCGUCCAUUGAUUGACUGGACAAAGUGCAUCUUUUGUCGGAAUGCUUCUCGCAAAAGGGAUUUUAAACUAAUCAAUAUUGUGACUUUUGAAGCGUGCAAUAGCAUUAGAACAGCUGCUGAGGCCAGAGGCGAUGAAGAGCUACUGCCUGUAUUACGAACUGUUGAUCUAAUUGCUAGUGAAGGCAAGUAUCAUAAGUCUUGCCAUGCAUCAUAUGUGAGCAAAGCAAAUAUCAAAUCGCAGUGUAUAAAUGGAAAACCUGUUAACGAAUACGAGGAUGCCUUUGCUGAGUUCCUUGACAUAAUACGACCUGAAAUCCUGAAGGGAAAAGCGUACAAUAUGAAUUACCUACUACAAUUGUACAAGGAUAUGCUAACCAAGAGAGAUGUAAAUGCCGAUAGCUACACCAGGCAAAAGCUCAAAUUACGUUUAAAGUUAGUCUUCAGCGACAGUCUUGUGUUUCACCAACCACAUGGGAGCACAAAACCAGAAAUUGUUUACUCUAGUUCCAUAUCACUUCUUGAUGUUAUUAACACAGCUGCGAGAACAACCGAGAACACCAAAACUUCAGUUGCAGCUCAGAAUGAAUUCAUAAGGGAUGAUCCAAAUGAAUCAAUUAAGAUAAUCUAUAAAGCAGCAGUCAUUAUCAGAAAUGAUUUAAGCACGUGCAAGGGAAUUAAAAUCGAUCCCUUAUUUCUUGAAGAUUUGCACAUACAGAAGGCGCAAGCACUUAUUCCUGAUAAUCUGUAUUGGUUGGUGAGGUAUAUGGUAUCCUCGGAGGUGUACGCUGCUGACCAAAGCCCUAAAGCUUCAAAUGUCUCACAUGAAAGGAAGAUACUAAUGAUAUGCCAAGACGUCGUACAUGCUGCAAGUAAUGCCAGAGUGAAGCUUUCAAAGCAUGUAUCGUUAGGUAUAACUAUUAAACAUCUAACAAGGUCGAAGCAGCUCAUAACUCUGCUAAACCGAAUGGGGCAUUGUUGCUCAUAUGAACAAACUGAAAUUGUGGAAACAGCCCUCGCUAAUGAAACAAUCGGCAAGAUCAGAGUUGAAUGGAGGUGUUAUCAUUCCAUCAAACAUAUCACCUGGUGUGUUUGUCCAUAUGGCAGCAGAUAAUAAUGAUUUCAACGAGGAAACCAUCGAUGGAAAGAACACUACCCAUGCGACGACCUUCGUUGCUUUCCAAAGGAAACAACAUGCACCCGCAACGCCACCCAUGGAAAUCUACAUGAAUCACUCACAGCGGAAAAGGUCCUUAGAUUUGUCAAGACCUAUAGUGAUGGUAGAGGAUAUCAAUGUUGGAGGAAGACGUCCAGCCGUUACAAAUUACGUUAAUAAGAUGACAAAUGCAAGUUGGCUACAACCAAAUGAUAAUUUCCUUUCAGCUUGUCAAGACGACUUGGUAUGGCUAAUCCUACGCAUGUGUUCCAAUACUAUGUUUGAAGAAAAUUAUCAAACGGUUCAUGCUCAGAAGAUUCCAGGUUGGAGUGGAUUUCAGUCCCUCAGAUUCUUGGAUCCUUCAACACCAACUUCCAUUGGCUACCUUCCUAUGAUCCAGGCAGAUGCAAACGAGUACAGUACAAUCAACACGGUCAUGAAACUCUCGUUGAAGAUGGCAAAUGCUCUUGGACAGUCCGAAUCUGUAGUAACGUUUGACUUAGCAAUUUACGUUAAGGCAAAGCAGCUUCAAAUGAGGUACCCGGGUGAGUUCAAGAAUGUUGUAGUUCGCUUAGGAGGGUUUCACAUAGCUUUAAAUUAUCUUUCGCUCCUUGGAAAGAUGUAUUCAAACUCUGGUUUGGAAGAUCUUCUUAUUGAAUCAGGAGUGUAUGCGCCUGGAACUACCACCGCAUUGAUAGCAGAAAAGUCAUACAAUCGUGGAGUACGAGCCCACAAACUUUGCUUCUAGGCUCUGUUUCGACUAAUGUGGAAAACGUUUGCAAGUUGGCUUGAAGAAACCGCGCAAGGUUUAGAUGAAAUUUCAAAGACGAAAGCCCUCGAGUUACUCAACCAAUGCCAAGAUUCCGACAAUAAGGAAGAAUACCUUAAAGAAAACUGGCAUUUGCUAAAAGAUGGCUUAAGUGCACUGGUGCAUCUAUUCAAAGAAUUUGAAAAUGAAGGAAAAGUCAAAUCACAGCUUUUUGCAUUUUGGAGUGAAUACAUGUCAAUGGUGUCCUUUCUGCUUCAGUUUAUCAAAGCUGAACGAACUGGCAAUUGGAACUUACACUUGUCUUCCACUGCUAAGAUGCUACCCUAUUUCUACGCCAUGGAUAGAGUGAAUUAUGCAAGAUGGCUCCCCGUAUACUUGGCAGACAUGCAUUCACUACAGGAGCAGCAUCCAGAAGUUUAUUCUGAGUUCAUAGCUGGUAACCAUAGUAUUAGUCGCUCACAACAACCCUUUGGUCAAGUUUGGUCUGACAUGGCACUUGAGCAAUCAAUUAACUGCGACUCAAAAUCAAAAGGAGGUUUGGUUGGCAUAACCCAACAGGAUGGUGCAGUUGAUCGGUGGUUCUUGACAAGUCAUGAACGUGCAGCCAUUACAAGAUCACUUAAAGAAAUGUGUGGCGUGGAGAAUGACAAGAUAGGAACACACAAGGAAACUAGUGUUAUGCGUAUAGAGCGAGAUGAGAAGGAUGUCCAGAGGCUUGUUUCAUGUUUUACUACUGGCUUAGCAAAUAACCCAUUUGUAACUGAAGACGAGGACAACGCAGACGACACUCCGCUUAGCAAUAUUGCAACAGGAGUAGUUGUACCUAACGAAAUUGCAGAUUGCUUGGUAAAUGCGUUUCAGAUUGGAACAACUAGUAUGCACGACUUCAUCAACGCAAGGCUUGAUACUAGUAAAGUUUGUUUCUGGGACCCUCUUAAGAAGCUGAAGAUUGACACUUUUAAAGUAACUACGCGAACGAUAUCUCUAAAAGGGACUCGUGGAAAAGUCGUAACUUUGAAUGCUGACCGUGAGCUCUUCGGACGACUGCUCGUAGUGGCAAAAACAAGAGAUAUCAACCUUAAAGAGAUCCUAAGCUACGAAUUGUCCUGUGUUCCAGUCUCCCUUGUACAUCCAGAUGGGACUAUGCGAAAGACAGCCAAGAGCACAUUGACGCCGAUUUUGGAGAGAAAUGUCGACUCCAUUUCUAGAUUACCUGUAUCGGAACUGCGAACAGCUGUUAUCAUCGAUGCCAUGGCAUUGAUUCAAAUGGUUAAGUCAGCAGGAGCAGCAACGUUUAGGGAGAUGGCUGGUAAAUACUUCGACAUUAUAACUUGGGUAUUAAGUCAGAACAACUGUAGCCGCGUAGACCUUGUAUUUGACCAGUACCGUGCCAUGUCUAUCAAAGCAGCAGAGCGCCAAGAAAGAGGAGAAUGUUUGUCCUUGGAGAUUAAGAUUCACAAUCAAAAUACGCCAGUUCCCAAGCAGUGGAAGAAAUUCAUAUCAAAUCCAAAGAAUAAGCAGAGUUUAGCUACAUUCUUAUGUGAGUCUCUACGUACCAUUUUGAAGACACAAUUGCACCCACGGCAGAAUGUUGUCAUAGCAGGAGGAUUCAAAGAUGGCAGAGAAACGGUUUCGUGUAUCCGCGGAAAUUCAUCCAGUGUUUCAUCUUUGUUUUCUGACCAGGAAGAAGCAGACAAAAGACUUCUAUUGCACGCCAAACAUGCUUCAAACACUCAUCAAAGAGUUGUUGUUCAGUCCCCUGAUACAGAUGUAGCGGUGUUAUGUGUUGCUCAUUUUCAGAAUAUCAGAUGCCGUGAGCUAUGGUUCCAGACAGGACUAAAAGACAAAGCGAGAUUCAUUCCAAUUCAUUCAUUACAAUCCUCCCUUGGUCUUUUGCUCUCAAAAGCCUUGCCAGCAUACCAUGCAUUGACAGGAUGCGAUACAACGAGUGCUUUUUCAGGUAUUGGCAAGAAGAAGUCUUGGAAGGUAUUGGUUAAUGAUUCCCAAGCACAACAGCAACUUGCCAGCCUAGGUGAAGAGCCCCUUACUCAAGAAUCUCAACUCCAAUCUUGUGAGGCAUUUGUAUGUUCUUUGUAUACCACUGCCAAAAAAUUGCUAAAACUGAUGAUGCACGGCAUUUCCUUUUCUGUCGGAAGAACAAGACAAGCGACAAUCUGCCUCCCACAUCUGACAGUCUAUCACAUCACAUUAAAAGAGCCAACUUCCAGACAUAUAUCUGGAAGACAGCUCUUUGUCCAAUGCAGAACCUUCCUUCACCGGACAGACUUGGGUGGAAAUUGGAAGAUGAUGUACUAUUGCCAGUCCUUAUGACGAAAAAUUCGGCACCAGAAAGAAUUGCGGAAUUAACAACCUGUGGCUGCGAGAAGUCGAAAUGUUUACGCAAUUGUUCAUAG